AUGGGUGGCGUUACCGUUCGCGACGUUGAUGCGCAGAAGUUCAUCAACGCAUAUGCUGCUUUCCUGAAGCGCCAGGGCAAGCUGCCCAUUCCCGGCUGGGUUGACACCGUCAAGACCGGCGCCGCCAAGGAGAUGCCCCCCCAGGACAUCGACUGGUAUUACGUCCGCGCCGCCUCGGUCGCCCGCCACGUCUACCUCCGCAAGACUGUUGGUGUCGGCCGGCUACGAAAGGUCCACGGCACCGCCAAGAACCGUGGUGUCGCUCCCUCGCACCACGUUGAUGCUAGCGGCAGCGUCGACCGCAAGAUCAUGCAGUCCCUCGAGAAGAUCGGUAUCCUGGAGCAGGAUGAGGAGAAGGGUGGCCGCCGCAUCACCCAGGCCGGUCAGCGUGAUCUGGACCGUAUUGCCCAGACCACCGCUGAGGCCGAGGAGGAGGACGAGGAUGACGAGUAA